AUGACCAUGCAAAUCUGGUACAAUCAAUGUUGGCCAACAAGGAGACCCACCUUGAGAAGAUUCGAAUGCUCUUCAGCAAGCUGGGCGCCAACGAGACCGGGGCCAUCACUUACCAGAUGUUCUACGAUGGAGUCCAAACUCCAGCUGUUCAGGAGUACUUGGAGACACUGGGAUUGGAUGUUUGGGAUGCGUGGAGUUUCUUCAAGAUGCUGGAUCUGGAUGCUGGUGGGUCGGUUGAGAUCGAGGAGUUCUUUAAAGGAUGCCUGCGGCUGCGAGGACAGGCUCGGAGCAUCGACGUCGGCAAGAUCCUCCAUGACCAG